AUGGUCGAUUACGCCGUGGGCCUAUUCCAACAGUUGCAUCCUGACAAUGAGGUACCCGAAGAAUUUGCGGGGAAGCGUGAAAAGGCAGUUUCAACAAAUGAGCGGCUGCAACAAGAGGCACAGGCCGUCUUGAAUGUUAUCGAGAAUCCGGAGGUAGCCCAAUCGCUACGUCAAGAUAAAAAUCAGAAUCUGCAAUACCUGAGAGAACAUUACAAUGUCACGCUCGAGCAGAUCAACGCUCUCUACAACUUCGGCCAGUUCCAAUAUACGUACGGAAAUUACAGUGGCGCUGCGGACUAUCUAUAUCAUUUCCGUGUCCUUUCCACUGAUCCUGAUCUGACAAUAUCGUCUCAUUGGGGAAAACUUGCAUGCGACAUUCUCACCGGAAAGUGGGACGUCGCUCUCGAAGAGCUGAACACUCUUCGCGAAUCGAUCGACUCCCGCGCACCCUCUGUUCCCGCCUUCUCGUCCACAUCCUCCUCUUCCUCUGCCGAUCCCGCGCUAUCGCAGCUACACUCCCGAACCUGGUUACUCCAUUGGUCUUUAUUCGUUUAUUUCAACCACCCUCAAGGGCGCACCCUUCUCCUCGAAACCUUCCUCAAUCCUGCGUACCUCAACACUAUACAGACCUCUUGUCCUUGGAUUUUGCGCUAUCUGGCUACCGCCGCCGUGCUCUCGCGCAAAUCCGUUUCCGGUGCUCUUUCUUCGCGUGUACGGCACUCGAUUCGUGAAGUUGUCAAGGUCAUUCAGAUGGAGGAGUAUCAAUAUCAAGACCCCAUCACGGCGUUCUUGAAGGAGCUCUACGUCGAAUUCGACUUCGAGGCUGCACAACGAGAACUCAGCCUCGCGGAGCGAGUAGUAGCCAACGAUUUCUUCCUCGGCGAGUUUAGGGACGACUUCAUGGAUAAUGCCCGUUACCUGAUCAGCGAGGCUUACUGCCGGAUACACCAGAGGAUCGAUAUUAGUGACCUCUCCGAGCGGCUGAAUCUGUCAAAAGACGAGGGCGAGAAGUGGAUCGUGAACCUAAUCCGUGAAACUCGUAUGGGUGCAGAUGCUAAAAUUGACUUAGAGAAGAACGUUAUUGAGAUCAGUAGGCCACCAUUGCCGGUUUACCAGUCUGUCAUCGAGAAGACGCGUGGGCUUGCAUUCCGCACGCAAGCUCUUGGCGCAGCCAUGACACGUACUCAAGUGCCUGUUCCCCAGGAGGAUCCUCAGCCCAUGAUUGUAGAAGGCGCCCGCUGA